UCCCCAUCCCUAUUCGGAAAUUGUUGUACACGGUUGAGAUAUUGAUUUUUGCUUUUGGAAAACGCGAACCCCCAGCCCCCCAAGAAGCCAGAGGGAGAAAUAGUAGUAACGACAGUCCUUCAAAAAUUACGCAGCCCAAGGUUCUGCGAAAAAAUCGAAGCUAGCCUCCACACACACACCCGCACAUACUCUCACACACACGCGCGCGCGGCCGAAGAAGCACCCCCACGGAAGCACCCCCACAGCAGUAGGUGACUGCGGAGACCAGCAGCAGCAGCAGCGACAGCAGCAACGCCGCCCAGAGCAUAAAGUGACGAAAAGUGCACGCCGCCAACCGCGUCGCAGAGGCACAGGCAGCAGCUGUAGCAGCAGCAGCAGUAGCAGGCGGACAACCAGGUGCCAUCUACAUCCACAUUUCCACGUUAGUGACCAGAGAGAGAGAGAGAGAAAAGCAUCAGCAUGGCUUUCGCUGGACUAAAGAAGCAGAUCAACAAGGCGAACCAGUACAUGACGGAGAAGAUGGGUGGCGCCGAGGGCACCAAGCUGGACAUGGACUUCAUGGAGAUGGAGCGAAAGACGGACGUGACCGUGGAGCUGGUGGAGGAGUUGCAGCUGAAGACGAAGGAGUUCCUGCAGCCGAAUCCGACGGCGCGUGCGAAGAUGGCCGCCGUCAAGGGCAUCUCGAAGCUGUCGGGGCAGGCGAAAUCGAACACGUAUCCACAGCCCGAAGGGCUGCUGGCCGAAUGUAUGCUGACUUAUGGUAAGAAGCUCGGCGAGGACAACAGCGUGUUCGCGCAGGCGCUCGUCGAGUUUGGCGAGUCGCUGAAACAGAUGGCCGACGUCAAGUACUCGCUGGACGACAAUAUCAAGCAGAACUUUUUGGAGCCCCUGCAUCAUAUGCAGAUGAAAGACCUCAAGGAGGUUAUGCACCAUCGCAAGAAGCUGCAGGGCCGGCGCCUCGACUUCGACUGCAAGCGUCGCCGUCAGGCCAAAGAUGAUGAAAUUCGUGGUGCCGAGGAUAAGUUCGCCGAAUCAUUGCAAUUGGCACAGGUAGGCAUGUUCAAUCUGUUGGAGAACGACACCGAACAUGUCUCACAAUUGGUGACUUUUGCCGAGGCACUAUACGAUUUUCACUCUCAGUGUGCCGACGUGCUACGUGGCCUGCAGGAGACGCUGCAGGAGAAACGAUCCGAGGCUGAGAGCCGGCCACGCAAUGAGUUUGUCCCCAAGACGCUGCUCGAUCUGAACUUGGACGGCGGUGGCGGCGGCCUCAUUGAUGACGGCACGCCGUCCCACAUUAGCUCGAGCGCCUCGCCGUUGCCCUCGCCGAUGCGCUCGCCCGCAAAGUCGAUGGCCGUAACACCAUCGCGCCAGCAGCAGCCCUGCUGCCAAGCCCUCUACGACUUCGACCCGGAGAAUCCCGGUGAGCUCGGCUUCAAGGAGAACGACAUAAUCACGCUGCUCAAUCGCGUCGACGACAAUUGGUAUGAGGGUGCCGUCAAUGGCCGCACCGGUUACUUCCCGCAAUCGUAUGUCCAGGUGCAGGUACCCCUGCCCAAUGGCAACUAAGCAGCUGCAGCUAUCAGCUAGCUAUCAGCUUCCUCCCUCAACCCCAUCAACCCUAUCAAAUUGGCUGAAGUCGUAGAUCAUGGUGGAGAACAAUAACCUUAAUGUUGGUUUCGCCAUUAGAGGCGCAAAGUUUGGCAGCACACAUACAUAUAGUUGAUUAGAUGCGGGUUACUACGGUUACGAUACGAUAAUACGGAUGAAAUAUGUUUACGGCUUAGCUAGCUAGCAUUCAGCACAUUCACGUGGCCAUAAACGACACUUGCAUGCAGGCAUACUGACCAUACCCAUGCCCAUACACACAUGCCCAUUACACACAUACGAUUACCACAUAAAGGAAACCAAAAUUCAAAUUGCGAAAAUCUUACCAGUUGGCAACACAAUAAUUACAAGCAAAAAACAAACAAACAAACACUCUAAUGAAUUACAAGUUAAAUUAAUAUUGUACGUAUAACUAACUAAAUUUACAAGUGUUACAAGCGAAA